CCCAAAGUUGGCGCGAGGCUGCCGUCGCUCGCGCGCUCACGCAACCUGCCCGGAUCGGCACGCACGAGGCGCGCGCGCGCACUGCCGAGCUCGAGAGCGAGCGCAAGCGGCCGCGGUCGCGAGGAGAGGCCAGCAGCAGCAGCAGCAGCAGCAGCAGCAGCAGCAGCAGCAGCAGCAGCAGCAGCAGCAGCGGCAGCAGCAGCAGCGCGGCCCGAGGCCCACGGCUCACGGCCCACGGCGAGGAGCGACCAGCGGGUGGCCCCGCGAGCUCGGCCCCGGCGGCCAGCGCGGGCGAUGGUGCCGCGUCCCGGGGCGGCGGGCCGACCACACCAGUCGGCGACGAGGACGGCCGGCGGCGCCGCGCGGCGCUGAGGCGCGCCCCCCGCGUCCCGCCGUCGCGCGCGCGAGCGCGCCGCCGCCGCCGCUGCCGCCGCCGCCGCUGGCGCCGCUGCCGCGCCGCCGGAUCGAUAGUCGCGCUCCGCAAGCUCUCUCCGUCGGUCGGUGCGCGCGCUCUGCCCGAGCGCCCUUCCCUCGGCCCGCCGCGCGCGCACGCACGGGCGGCCGCGAGCCUCGUCCCUUCAAAACAAACCCCCGCCGGGCGCAGCAGCCAGCGAGAGCAGAGAGCGCGGCGGCGCGCGGUGCGAUGGUCCAGUGAGCGGGGAUCCAGGUCCGGCGCUCGCUCCACUCGGCGGGGCUACGUGCGCGGAGCGCCAGCGGUCCACGGACAUUGAUGGGCGAUUGCGCGGGUGCCGCGAGCCUCUUCCCGACCACGAGCGCCGCGGGCUCGAGCCCAGUGCCAGUGCCAGCAGUGAGCCCGCCGUCGUUCGUCUCGGCCGCGGGCAUCGCGCCAGGCGGCAUGCAGGACGAGCUGCUGAUCGAGAAGGCCGCGGCCGGCCAGCCGUCGUCGUCCUCGUCGCCGUCGUCCGGCGGCGCGGCGCCGAGCAACAGCGUCUCCUCGUCCUCCUCGGCGUCGUCGCCGUCGACGGCUGCGGCGGCCGCAGCGCAGGUAGCCGUGGCGGCGCCACUGUCGACGUCGUCGCUGGUGGUCAGUUCCCUGGUGCAGCAGCAGUCGAGCGCCGAUAGCGGCCCCAACUCCGUCGGCAUCGUCGACGCGUCCAAGGUGGCGAAGGACGCGAGCGCCGUCGACUCCGUGGCCGAGAGCAUCGUCGCGGCGGCGGUCAGCGCUCAGCUGGGCGUCGACAAGGACGCGGCGAGCAUCAUCGGCGCCAGCGCCGGCCUGCAGGGCUUCGCCAACGAGCGCGCCGCCGGCGUGCCGAGCCUCUGGGCCGACGACACGCCCAGCGGCCUGCACGCGCUCGGCCAGCCGGUCAACGGCUCCAUCGCCGCCUUUCAGAACUUCCCCAGCGGCGGCCUCUUCGCCGGCUCCACCGCCGCGACCGCUCGGCGCGCGAUCACCGCCAGCCACAACUUCCCCCAGCAGCAGCAACAGCAGCAACAGCAGCAACAGCAGCAACAGCAGCAACAGCAGCAACAGCAGCAACAGCAGCAACAGCAGCAGCAGCAACAGCAGCAGCAACAGCAGCAGCAGCACACUAACAACUCGCAAGCGCCGGGCAAUCGCAUGGCUCAGCAGCAGCAGCAGCAGCAGCAGCAGCAGCAAACCUCCCACCCAGGAGUCUACCUGCAGGGCAAGGGCUACGCGGCGUGGUCGGGCGGGGCCCAGCAGUCGGCCCAGCAGUGGGGUCAGAGCCCGUCGGCCGCCGCGGCGCACUCGGCCGCAGCGGCCGCGGCCGCUGCCGCAGCCGCGUCCAACCCCGCGGCGCUCAGCGCGUGGAACCGCGGUCGAUCGGUGCCCAACAUACCGCCGCUGCACUCGAACCUGCACGCAGCCGCGGCUGCCGCGGCGGCCGUCGCCAAUCUGCAGGGCAGAAAGCCGAGUCCCACGUUCGCCGGGCACCCCGGCGCGACGUCCGGCGGCGGCGGAGGCGGAGGCGGAGGCGGCGGCAGUGUUCCGUCGCACCAGUCCAGCAUCAGUCCCGUCAAGUUUCGGCGCAGCACCUCGUACCCGGGCAAGGCCAACCUGUACCCGAUGCAGCCCGGCUCCGCCUUCGACGUUAGCGGCCCCGACGAGCGCGAUCUUCUGCAGAUAUCGCCUUAUCAGCAGGAUCGCAUGACUGCGAAUGGAAACUCACCGCUGGAUAACAUGCGCACGCUGGAGCACUACCUGAGUGACAUCAUGCGAGCUGGAGCCGCCGACACGCCGGAACAUCUGAAAGGAUUCAUCAACUGCAACACCAAUGCGACGCUACAAUCGCUCGCUCAGUUACAUGGUACGUUUCCACAACAUACCAAUGUUUCUCGACACACCUACAAUAAGAAACACAAUCGCAAAUCUCCGUUCUUCCCGGGACUCGACGAGCCGGGCGGCAAUUUGUUGGAAGAGCCAUCAAACGCCGGACCACCACAACUCGAUGGUGUCAGUUGCGGUGUGCUCACUGCUCCACAGCAAGCACCAUUAUCAUCGCCAAGCCGUAGCAGUCCACAUAGCCAAGGCAGCGAGACUGGCGAGAGAUUCUCGAGGAAGGUGUUCGUUGGUGGCUUGCCGCCCGACAUCGACGAAGAUGAGAUCACAGCGAGUUUCCGACGCUUCGGCCCCUUGGUCGUCGACUGGCCGCAUAAAGCCGAGAGUAAAUCGUACUUUCCACCUAAGGGCUAUGCUUUCCUACUUUUUCAAGACGAAAGCUCAGUGCAACAGUUGAUCGACGCAUGUAUCCAAGACGACGACAAGCUGUAUUUGUGCGUCUCGUCACCAACCAUCAAGGAUAAACCAGUGCAGAUACGGCCAUGGCGAUUGAGUGAUGCCGAUUUCGUGCUCGACGCCUCGAUGCCAUUGGAUCCACGUAAAACUGUGUUUGUUGGCGGUGUACCACGACCACUGAAAGCCGUCGAAUUGGCUAUGAUCAUGGAUCGAUUGUAUGGUGGUGUCUGCUAUGCUGGUAUUGACACGGAUCCUGAAUUAAAAUAUCCGAAGGGAGCUGGUAGGGUUGCAUUCAGUAACCAGCAGAGUUACAUCGCUGCCAUCUCCGCGAGAUUUGUUCAGCUUCAACACAGCGAUAUUGAUAAAAGGGUCGAGGUGAAGCCAUAUGUCCUCGACGAUCAGAUGUGCGACGAGUGCCAGGGUCAGCGUUGCGGUGGCAAAUUUGCCCCAUUCUUCUGCGCCAACGUCACUUGCCUACAGUACUAUUGCGAGCACUGCUGGGCAACGAUCCACUCGCGGCCUGGUCGCGAGUUCCACAAGCCGUUGGUAAAGGAGGGCGCGGACAGGCCACGUACUGUGCCCUUCCGUUGGUGUUAACAAGGAGGAAGCCGGGCCGCGCCGCGACGCUCGUUACCUGAUCACCACAACCAACAUCACCAACAGCAACACAACAACUACAACUGAGCAAGAAGGAUAAAAAAUGGAAAUUUAAAUAACCACCUCCCCCAACGCCCCUUUUUGAACAACAACAUCAACAACAGCAAUCUUCACUUUUAAGAAAAACGAUCAAUAGAGGCUCGUCUCGCUCCUCUCUCUCUCUCGAUGUUCGCUUUGACUUUAUCCCCAUCCGCCCCUCACCCCUUUAAAGAAAACUCACCUUCACUGUGUAACGCUCUUUAUCUUUAGCGCUUAAGGACACUUCUACACAACACACGUACACGCACGAUUGUAAGGGGAGGAGCUUUUUCUCGACUUCUCGAUUUAUUAUUGAUGAUGGACACGUACACAUUCGUCUUGUUUUUUUUUUUUUUUUUUUUUGUAAUGCGUUUCGUAGUUUGUAAUUUGUAAGAGACAAUAACACGCGCACACGUAUAUUUAUACACGAACAUUUAUUACAUUUACUGCGUGCCUCGCUUAGAUUGAUGGAUAACACGAUACAAUACGAAGAGUCGACUUUUAUUUCUUGUUUUUUUUUUAAUAUAAUGACGCGCGUUCGAUUAAUUUUAUUAUUUUCAAUCUCUAUCUCCAUUUUUUUGUAUGAGCCUUGUUUCUUUAUUAUGAUCUUUAUUAUUUUGUACGUUGACCGACAAACAAUACCAGCAACAUGAUGAUGAUGAUGAUGAUAUUUGCGAUAUAUGAUUGUUAUAUCCGACUUUGACCACUAAUGUCGGUUGUUUGUAAUUUUUCUUAUUUUAUGAACAGUUGAAGAGUUUUUUUCAAUAAAUAAUUUGAUUUUUUAUAAGAUCACGGCCUUGUUUAUUAUUAUUAUUUUUGCUGAAGGACUGUAUAAUGACGAUGACGACUGAUAAGACGACGAUGAUGAUGACGAAGUCGAGCAAGGAUUCGCUCCUCCUCUCAUAUAGAGAAAGAGACAAAUAAUCAGAGUGUGUACGAGUAUAAAAAGUUAAAGGGCCCGCGCGCCGGCAGCGCAAAAUUACAUUUUUUCUCUAUAGCAUAAUGUAUUAUAGAGGAAUGAUACACACACUCAUACACACACACACAUACACACAAGCUCUUAUUAUAUAUCUCUCUCGGUGUAUAUAAUCAAAUGAGCGAACAAAAAAGUACCAUUGUGCGCGAGAGAAGACGUGGUGAGAGCGAAAUAUAUUGUUUAUAUUUAUAUGAUCGCCAGGCGUAAUAAGAAAAUCAGAUGUGUUCUGUAUUACUGAUCCAAGAAAGAGGUAACAAUAUAUAUAUUUAAGAUGCGAGUGUAUAUAUAUUUUUACGAAUUCGGGAUUGGAUUAUCAGUAAUAUACGAGCUAUACGACAAAUGCGCAAGUUAUAUAUAGGUGAUAUUGGUAUAUUACUGAAUGUACAUGUAUGACGAAUACCAAAAUGGAUAUAGAGAAAUUUUUUCGCGAAUCUUCCCGCGACUCGACUUUUGUAAUCUACAAUGCAUACAUACGCAUUGUAGAUUACAAACAUACAAAUACAUACUGUCAUUAUUACACAUGCUAAAGAGAAAAAUUUACAGAAACAAUUCACAACACGGUAAUAUUAUUCAACCAACAAAAAAGUAUGUUAAAGUACCUACACGCAGAAUAAUGAAGUAUAAACAAUAUUAAUGAUAGCUAAGGCAAGUAAACGAGCGUUUUUUGAAAUAGUGGGAUAAAAAGCAAACACUUUUCGUGACGUAAUCCAAAUAUUUUUUAAGGAAUAGACGAGUUGUCUCGGCGGUCAGACAGUUUUUUUAUUUUUAUAUCGAUUUUUUGAAUUUUAUUAUUAUCGAUACUCUUUGUUUUUAUUAAAAAAGUAAAAAAAGCAAACUAAACGAGUAAACGAAAGAGAGAUAAAAUACACGUAGGUGAUAUGUAAAACGAAAAAAUAUAGAUAGAGAUGAUUGUGCGAUUAAAAGUCGAAAAGCUGAUUUUACCGUCGAAUAAAGUAAAAGUGGGACAAGCGAGAGAAAUCGGGAAUAAAAAAAUAAGUAAUCUCCACGUCUAUAUAUAUAAAUAUACAUAUAUAUAUAUAUAUAUAUUUAUUUUUUUGGUCUCCUUUUUGUAUAUACAACUUUGCCGCCGGUAGGAUUUUGGUGGCAUUUAAACCGGGGGGUGUGUGUGGAAAUCGCGCGAAAGUCUCUUAGCUGAAUUAAAAAGAAAAAGAAACGAUCGACCAUAAUUAUUAAUUAAUUAUUGUAGAUUCUCCUUCGUCCCGCUCGUACGGAGAGAUUCGAUGAGGAACGACGACCAAGCAAAAAUUUUAAAUUUUCAAAAUGUGUGACACCCACGCGAUGAUUCAUAAACACGCCGACAAAGCAAAGCAAAUAAAAGUCGAGUCAUUGACAUAAAAACACAAAACGAGCAUUAGUUAGUGCAAUUUGAAAAAAAUAAAAUAAAAAAGGCGGCGCUGCCUUAAACGAUAAUGGAGAAAAAAAAUUCUAAUUAGAAGCAUCAAAGAGAGACAAACGCGCGCGCCGCUCGCAGUCAAAUUUAUAUAUAUAAAUAUAAAUAAAAUAUAUAUAUAUAAAGUUCACGAUUAUAUAUAUAUAUAUAUAUAUAUAUGCAAGAAAACUUUGUAGCGCGCAUUAUCUCUGUUUUUGCUCGUAAGAAAGAAACUUUGACGUGUUUUAAAAACGGGAGCGCGCGAGCAUCGAUAUAAUAGUAGCGAAAUGAUUAAUGAUUAAACAAAAAAAAAUAAAAUUAUACCUAGGUACCAAUUCUCCUAAAAACAAAAAAUCAACCGAUAAUUUAUAUAAAUAUUAUAUAUGUAUUAUAUAUAGAGAGUAGCGUUAUUUCAAUACCUGAUCGACACGGGAGAAAAGCGACACGGCUGCCUAAUUUUCUUUCGCGUUUACACUUUUCUGUUAUACGCGAGCGGCCAGUCCACUAAUUAAUAAACCAAUUAUCAGUAACAAACAAUAUUUAAUGGAUAGGCUAUUAUCCGUUCUACUCUCAACACACUUAUAUGCAUAGGAAAAUAAAACGCGAAUGCACUUGCAUUUCUUUGUCCUUUUUCGACGAACACACACAAACACUUGCACACGCAGAUUAACACUUACACAAGAGAAUAAAUAAACAACGUACGUUGAUAUGCUUGGGGGUAGAAAAAUGAUGUAUAAUGCGUUUGUUUCUCGUAGCGUGAAAAUUUUUCGAGUUCUCUUUCUGUGAACAAGAUUUAUCGCGAGGACCUUUUGCGAGUAGCGACGAAAUUCUUAACAUAUCGGGUAGUCAACUUGAAAAAUUAUUAGUCGCACUUGCGACGGUCGCUCGAUGAAUAGAACAAUCAAAGGUAGAGUCGUAACGCAUAAUAAAGUUGUUUAUUCUUUUUAGUUCGAUGUGGGCUAUGGAGAACAGACAUUUUCUCGAGGCGAGAAAGCGAACGGGAAUAAGUUAGUCACAAUUUACAAACGAAUAGAUUUGUAUUUUUCAGUGUUGAUAAAGUUUUUUAUACCGCUGUUACGUCCUUCGGUCCGACAAACACGACCAACACAUACGCAACGACCUAAUCGUGUAUUACUAAUAAUUUUGUUUUUCUUUGUUAUAAAUUCUGGCGAGUGCGCGACUAGAUGAAGUAACUGUGAAACAGACAUGGACAAAAUUUUAAUCGUUAAGUUGCGUAGAUUUUAAUUGUGUGAUGUUUAUUAAUCUGGAAAUUUCUUGUUUUUUGCAUAUCGCGAUAAAAGUGUCAAGAGGCACUGUAAACAUAUUGGUGAGAUUUUUUAGAAAAAAUAUUAUGAAGAAAAAAAUUUGUACUUUUGUAGCUUUGUAGGUUAAUUGUUUAAUUAUAAGCGUGGAGUUGUCACAAGAAAAGCUCGUCGCGCGCCGCAAACUUCCUAUACAUAUUGUGUGUGUAUAAUAACACAAUACACAUCAUGGAGUUCUUUUUCGUUCAUCUAACGUUUGUUUGUCAAGUGAGCGAUCGUCCUAUAUAACUAAAGCCGUGUUCUUUAUUAUUAAUUAAUUUUCUUUUUUUGCUCGCGAGAAACAGAAAAAUCUAAAUGGAUUUUUAUUUUUUUAUACGAUAACGUUAUUAAUUAUAAUAACACAUUGCGCGAAGACGCGCUCGAGCUGAAUAUAUUUGUAUAGAGUUUUAUUUUAUUUUGAUUUUUUUCUUUUUUGCUAGCUAAUGAAAAAAACAAAUAUUAACAUAAAUAUAUAUAUGUUUUUUCCUAUAUACACACAAACACACAAGAAAAUCGCGCGUGUCCUAAUAUUUUCAAGCUCUUUUAUAUAUGAAUAUAAUAUAUAUUGUACCGCGUAAGUUUGUGAAGCGAUCGCUAAAAAGGAACAUCCUCGUCUGGGAAAAACCCGUCGCGACGAUCUCCACGUACCAAAGAACACACACCAACACAACAGAUGAGAGAGACAUUUAUUACUUGUACACGGGCAGACGAUAGCGAAGCAAAAUGGUAUAAUAUUAAUUGUAAUUCUUCACAUUAAUUCUUUUCAUCCUUUACGAUAUCUAUUUUUUUUGUUUUUUGGAUUAAUCGUGUAUAACUCGCUUAAUCGCAACACGCUGGGCGCAGUGCAAUUGUAGUAUAAUGAAUACGUGCGUCCCCCCUCCCUUUGCUUGAUUAUUCUAGCCCAAUUAUUGUGUAAUGUAUGGAUAAAAAGGGGGAGGGGAAGAAGACGUAAUCGAGGCGAGUCGCCGCCUUCAGGGCAUUGGAUUCUACUAUUUUUCUUUGUUUUCUAUGUUAACAAUUAAGAGGCGCCACUCAUGGUAUUCUUUUUUUUUUGCGCAUGUGUAUUGUAUAAGUAGAGAAAGAAGAAAUUUUGUUAUGCGAGACCGUUUUGUGGCUUGUUUAUCACGAUUUUUUUUAUCCUUUUUCGAAGAUUAUUUUUUUUAUUAUUAUAUAUUAUUCGUCACCUAAAUUUUUUAUAUAGCGUGGAUUUUUUCUAUAUUAAUGUAGCUUUUCCUCGGCUGAUUUGUGAUUCAUCUAUUUUCUUCUUUUCUUUUAAAUAUAUGUGUAUGUUGAGAUAGGCGGAACCUAGGCCGAGAGAGUUGAAAUAUGCAAAAAACGGGGCGAAAGAAACUAGUCAAACUCGCAAUGGAGCUCCUGUUAUAGAGCGAUGAUAAUGAUAAUGAAAGCAGCUCGCUGUAGUGAAGCACUCGGUUAGGUGAAAUACCAGAGAAUAAAAAAUUUUAAUAUAUUAAUUAUAGUGAACAUGAUAAUAUAUAUGUUUGUUUCUAGAUAUAAUGAUUGACUCGAUGAUGUUCUUAUCAAAUUUCAUCGAGUGCCAGCGAGCUUUGCUUCGAAUAUAUAAUCAGCAUCUCAUCGAGCCUUGAGAUUCCCCACUCUGGUGUAGGUAAAGAAGAGAAAACAGUUCUUAAACGAUAGUAAAAAUGGUAUGGAAAAAGUAAAGAAUUUGUAAUGGCGAGGAAAGGAAAAUAACGAUAGACAAAAAAAAAUAUUACUGUGUGUUUUGUCGUAAACUAUGUUUUGUUUGUAAAAGCGAACGAGUGUUUUUUCCAGUGUCGUGUCCCGAAAAACGUCUGUUUUUUUCUGCACCGAGAAUCUUUGUUUAUUACAAUUAAUUAUGCGUUUUUACCCGCUACCGUUGUUUUUUCUUUGUUAGUUUUUUUCAGAAAAACUAAAACUGCAUAUCUCCGGAAAAAAACAGUAGAGAAAGCAUUACACGCAUCUCUUUUAUAUAUAUAUGCUAUAUUUUUUUGUCCUUAGUGUGUAGUGAAAAAAAAAUAUGGAAAAAUUUUUUUGAUCGUCUUUUUUUUUUUAUUAACGGCUAGUAAUAAUAAUUUUUAUUAUAAUCUACUUAAGUGAAAUAAAAUAUAACGAAAUUUUUUAUUUUUUUCUAUUAAAUAAAAACAAAUAUUUGAAAAAACAUUAAA